UUCCCCGCUCGGACCCAACGGCAACCUUAGUACGUGGACUCUGUUACUUAGCGGAACUUAUUAGCAUCGCCCCCGAGGUUCAGCCGGGCUGCACGAGGCUAGCUGCGAAGCAAAAGAAUCUUUGGUCAACUGCCACCGUAGUCAAGGCAGCAGGAACCCUCAAACUUUUGGCUAACUCCAGCCCCGCACCAUGCCUCAUAUUGACAACGAUGUGAAACUGGACUUCAAGGAUGUCCUGUUAAGGCCCAAACGCAGCACCCUUAAGUCUCGAAGUGAGGUGGAUCUCACAAGAUCCUUUUCAUUUCGGAACUCAAAGCAGACGUACAGUGGCGUCCCCAUCAUUGCUGCCAAUAUGGAUACCGUGGGUACCUUUGAGAUGGCUAAGGUUCUUUGUAAGUUCUCCCUUUUCACUGCUGUCCACAAGCACUACAGCCUCCAUCAGUGGCAAGAGUUUGCUGGCCAGAAUCCUGACUGUCUUGAGUACCUGGCUGCCAGCUCAGGCACAGGCUCUUCUGACUUUGAGCAGCUGGAACAGAUCCUGGAAGCUGUUCCCCAAGUGAAAUAUAUAUGCCUGGAUGUGGCAAAUGGCUACUCUGAACAUUUUGUUGAAUUUGUAAAGGAUGUACGGAAGCACUUCCCCCAACACACCAUCAUGGCAGGGAAUGUGGUAACAGGAGAGAUGGUAGAAGAACUAAUCCUCUCGGGGGCUGACAUCAUCAAAGUGGGAAUUGGUCCAGGCUCUGUUUGUACAACCCGGAAAAAAACUGGAGUAGGGUAUCCACAGCUCAGUGCAGUGAUGGAGUGUGCAGACGCUGCUCAUGGCCUCAGAGGCCAUAUCAUUUCAGAUGGAGGCUGCAGCUGUCCUGGGGAUGUGGCAAAGGCUUUUGGAGCAGGAGCAGACUUUGUGAUGCUGGGUGGCAUGCUGGCUGGGCAUAGUGAAUCAGGUGGUGAACUCAUCGAGAGGGAUGGCAAAAAGUACAAGCUUUUCUAUGGAAUGAGUUCUGAAAUGGCCAUGAAGAAGUACGCAGGAGGUGUGGCUGAAUACAGGGCCUCAGAAGGAAAGACAGUAGAAGUUCCCUUUAAAGGGGAUGUGGAACAUACUAUUCGUGACAUCUUAGGAGGGAUCCGAUCUACAUGUACCUACGUGGGAGCAGCUAAACUGAAGGAGCUAAGUCGGAGAACUACCUUCAUCCGAGUCACCCAGCAAGUGAAUCCAAUAUUCAGCGAUUCCCACUAGACCUGAGCAGCUUUCCCAAGGCAGCAGGACUCGGACCACAGGACCUCCUAAGGUUUCUCACCCAUCUCAGCUACUAUGGCUGUGUAUUACUUCAUUCACUUCCUAGCAUCUUACCCCUGAGGGCUCCUGCAGCAACUCUGAUUGUCUGUCUAUGCAAACAAAAUGCCAAGGACACUCAACUAGGGAACAAGGAAGAAAACGGUCUGAGAAAACGAAGUAAGAUCAACAGAUGGGAAUCUGGGGACAGCAUCCCAAAGAUUAAAAAAUGUUGACUGACACAGAAAUGAUAGGCUUUGUCUGAAGGAGGAAGACUUUUUGGAAUCAUAUUAAUCAGCUUCAUUAAACAAGAUCAAAUACCUAAAAACCUUAGAAGUACUUAAAUAUUUGAAGUACCUCAAUAAAGAUAAAACUAUUGA